UAACGUCACAAAGCAGUCCUUAAAGAGCCCCACAUGCGGCUCCAGAGCCGGAGGUUGCCAUACCCUGCCAUGUGCCAUUAUUGUAAAGCUAACUAGUGGCAUUUGUAUUUCAGGGCCCACACGGUUUGAAAGGUCUUCCCGGGCCCCCUGGACCUCCUGGAAGUGUCGUGGAGAUCCCAAGUUCGGUUGGGGCUAAACCAAGUACAUCGAUUAAGGGAUUUCCUGGGCCUCCUGGGCCUGUUGGGCCCAAGGGAGAGCGAGGACUGCCAGGUAUCAGCGGGAUCUCUGGAAUACCUGGGACGAAGGGACUCAAGGGUCAGAAAGGAGACCCUGGGCUGGGCUCAGGCUCAAAGGGCGGUCUGCCAGGACCUCCUGGCCGCACUGGACCAAUAGGUCCUCCUGGACCUCCUGGACCUCCAGGUGUCCCCGUGUUAUUCAGCUCGAUGGAGCAGGAAACCUCAAAGGACUCUGACAUGGAAUUGACAAGAAACACACGCAGCUGUCCAUGUGAUAAAGGAGAGAAGGGAGAGCCCGGCAGGAUGGGCUUGAAAGGGGAGCCAGGAGAGGGACACGGCUCCUAUGUCGCAGGCCCCAGGGGUGAGCCGGGAAUGCCAGGCCUUCAGGGAGCUACAGGCCGUAUGGGGCCCGUGGGCCCCAAGGGAGAUUCAGUGAUGGGCCCCCCAGGGAUACCAGGGACCCCAGGAGCUAAUGGGCAGCCAGGCUAUGGCCUGGAGGGUCCCACUGGGCAGCCUGGGCUCCCUGGUGCCCAAGGGCCUCCGGGAAAUCCUGGAGUAGGUGUGCCUGGAAAACCUGGACCACGAGGCCACGUCGGGGAGCACGGAAUGCCAGGGCCCCCUGGCUUCCCUGGUUCUGCUGGCGAACCAGGGCCACCUGGCCCUCCUGGGCCACAUGGACCUCAAGGCCCUCAGGGGCCUGAUGGCUCUACCUUGUCCUGCGAUCAAAGUUCACUUGGGAAUGGGGUGCUUGUGUUCGGGAACCACCAUGAGCUGGUCUCGCACAGGGCUCGAGACGGCUCCCUGGCUUAUGUGACCCAGUCUGGAAAUCUCUACUUCUGUGUGCCUGGAGGAUGGAGAAAGCUGGCAAUUGGUGAAUUUGAGCCAAACACACUCAAUGAGAAAUUGUUCCUCCCCUAUGUACAUCACCAGUCAGAGGUGUCUGAUCAGGGCUUGGCAGCGCAAAGCGGCGGAAAAACACUGUGGACAAAUGGACGUUCGCACGCUCUCUACAUGGCAGCCCUGAACACGCCGAUAAUGGGCAGCAUGGGCGGCCUGCGGGGUGCGGACACACUGUGCUUCCGCCAGGCGCGCAGCGCCGGCCUUGCCGGCACCUUCCGGGCCUUCCUGGCCUCCCCCAACCAGGACCUUCAUGCCAUCGUGGACCGUGAUGAGGCCUCCCAGGUGCCCAUCCUCAACCUCAAGAACGAGCUGCUCUUCUUCAACUGGAACAGUCUGUUCACUGGAGAUGGGGCCUCUUUCAACCCAAAUGCGCCCAUCUACUCCUUCGAUGGGGGCAACGUGCUCACAGACUCCAAGUGGCCCUUCAAGCUGGUGUGGCACGGCGCGGACGAGCAAGGGCGCCACAAGAAUGGCCACAGCUGCACCGGCUGGCGGAGCAGCAGCGACGACGUGGGCCAGGCCUCGGCCCUGCAGUCAGGGCGGCUGCUGGAUCAGCACACGCACCACUGCGCCAGCCACUUCGUAGUGCUGUGCGUGGAGAACAGCUACCGGCACCACCUGCGCCAGCAAGGCAAGCGGAAGAAGUAGAUGGUGCCCAGCGGCGGCGGAGUUGAGUGGAGCGCAAGCGGGGGUUCUCAUUGACAGGGUGUCCUCGGAAGCUCAGAAAAAAUGGUACCGUUUGUGUCAGAUGUUCACCCCACCCCCGGGAGAGAUCUUAAUCAUCUUGUCAUCUUAACGGUGGUCUUACUCAGGAACAUAAGAGCAACUGUCUCCUUCAGAUCUUUUGUAAUCAUGGAUUUCAGAUCUUAGUUUCAUUGAGUCAUCCUGUUGCCUGUCUCCUGCAUGGAUUUAUUGAAAAUAAUUAAAUUCGGGUCUCUGAGAAACCAUCUCAUCACGUAACCACAUCAGUUUCCUACUGCAGGAACAUCAGAGUAACCAUCUCACGUAGGUCUCGGGAAAAUCAGGCGGUUAGAACCUCAGUAUUCAUCUCAUUGACUCUGCCCAGUGCAAAGGAAUCACAAUAAAUCAUCCAUUUGUUACUCAACAAUAAUGUAUUCCUGUGCUGUAUGUCAUCAGGAGGGAGAUAGCUUUAUCAUAUCACUGUGUCACCUGUCACAUAGGGCUCAAAUAGGCUUUUCACAGUUGCCAUUUGGAUCCAGCAGAGAGAUCUGCACACGUGCAAGGAGCCUUAUCUGUCCUUGUGUUGCAUUUCCAUAAAGGGCAUUGUAGGUUACAUGACAAAGUGUGGGCAGUUAUAUUAACGGGUACAGGACGAGUGGUGUAAGUCAUUUGCUGUAUGUCACUGCACACGUGCAAAAGGGAACCUUUUGGGUUGCAAUAUUUUCUGUUUUUAGUUCAUGUCAUGUGUGGGAGGUCGUGAUGUCUCUUUGCACUUUCAAUCCGGUCACACAUAUUAUUGACCACGCUUGGUCACUGAACAGCAUUAUUUUUUUGUUGCAUAGACCCUACCCUCAUGAACGAUCCAGAAUAUCCUGCAAACAAUACACGCCGGUGCGAUAGAUGUUCCAACCUCACAACAAAAUCACGAGAAAUGCCCACAAUGAUGCGCAGACCUUACAUAUUAAUACACACAGCAAGUAGCUGCACAAAUCUGCCUGAUUAUGCUUCACAGGUAGUGUACAUGCCCCCCCCCCACCCACCCACAGAUGAGAGCCUGCCACGUAUGUCAUAGGUGAGAAAUUAAACAAAAACAACGGCGUGGAGGAUUAAUAAUGAACGAAGUGUGAACAAUUUACUCCGCUGGGUAGACAUGGGAGGCCACUGAUGGUGCUGCAGUGUAAAAAUAAAUGCACUGAAAACCACGGAUGUAUAUUUACUCCGCAUUUUGUUUGCCAGUAUAAUGUUGUGUUGUCUACAGGGUGCUCUUAGUUAUCUCCUAUUGCCUUGUGAAAUAUCAGUUUUAGCUCACUGUGCCUUGGGUCACUCUUCCACUGAAUACGAAUUCAUCAUCUUUGAGUAAUAACAACGAAUGCCAAAAUCAAAGGUACCAGUCACAUUCGUAAAACUAAAAAGCUGUUGUAAUAAAUAAGUGUCUCUGCGUUGUUUUGGUUGAGUUGGCAUUCAGUGCCGACAUUUACCAGGCUAUGCCGAGGCACAGGAGUUAGAAUAUUACAUGAAAAGUCCUAUGCAAUGGUGAACACAUUAAGUAAGUGUACAUUGAAGUAUGUUCGAUGUUUAACCUGUUUUAAAUGCUGCCUAGGUUGUAUUGCAAAGACGUGUGUUGAUCGACCGUACAUGCUAUGCUCGAGAAAUGAUACUUCAUAUUUUAAUUGGCAAUUUGGUACCAUGAAAGAUUCAAAAUGUUGUCUUGCAUUUACAACAGCCUCACUCAGUUGAAUGUUUUACAAAAUACCAUUGGCGUCCUGUCCAUAUCAAAAAAAGAGAAAUGAUUUGGAUAUCAUUACAGUCUAAGGGGCUCGUUUAUAUGGGCACCAUAAACCACAACACAUUAACUCAGUGUUAAAAUAGUUGAAUUUAAAGUGGUAUGUUCGUUUAUGACAAACUUCUUUACGUUCCUUAAGUCCGGAUGUCUCCAGCACAGCAUAACAAGAUGUUUUUUUUUUAUCGCUUGCUUGCUUUUGUGAUCAUCAGCAAAACUGUAGCCAGUUGUACCAUUUCCACAAGGAAGUACAGUAGCUUGAUUUGGUGCUUUGGUGACUGCAGGAAUUACUCUUGGUUUUUUCGGUAAAGUCACGUAGAAAUAAGAAAUAAUAAUAAAAUUACAUAAUUACUAUUAUGUAAUUUUACUAUUAUGUAAUUACUAUUAUGUAAUUACUAUUAUGCAAUUUUAUUAUUAUUUCUUAUUUCUACGUGACUUUACCGAAAAAAACAAGAGUUAGUACAGUAACAGCUAUCUAUUAAAACCAUUUUGCCUCAAAUUCACAGCAACAAAAUUUCGCUUUCAUAUAUAAAAAAAAACCCUGUUUAUGAACAAAUAAAAAUGACUUUGUUAAUUAAAAAGUAGAGGAGAUAUUAUAUAGACGGUGUUCCUGAUUGGUGUUAUAUUACUCGUUUUAUUUUCACGGGACGUUAAAGAAAGGUCAGAGUUCACGAAGACCAUUGUUACGUGUUACCGUCAUUAUGGCGCAUGCCCUACAUGUGGUGGAGAUAAAGUUUGCCGUGGAAAACUUAAAUUCCGCAGGACACAGGAGUGCUUCGGCCUUGCAUCGUGUUAGUUGAGAGUCCAUGAUUGUGGUAGUGUUAUGGAAUCAUUGGUUCCAACUGCGAAUGGUCGCAGUUGUGAAAUCGAGUGCUACAGUGGCCCAAAUUGCUAAAGCACACCUUUGGGAACGAUUCGCUGCCAUAUUUCUCCAUGACGAUCAAUAAAUACAGCCAAUUGUUGAACAUGCGAUUUAUUUUUAAGAUUGCAUUAGUGCCAAUUGAAGGAACAUUUACAAAUGGAAAUAUUUACACUCUUGUGUGUAAAGGGCAGGCAGUGUAAUGGCAGAACUUUGUUGUUUUAUUGCUUAUUGUUGGAAAAUCUACCGGCUUAAAACAGACGCUCUGUUAUAUCAUGUUGGUGUGCCAACAACAACAAUGUGAUUGAUGAAAUUUGGAAGUCUUGUCAAGUUUGAAUGAAUCCCAUGACAGCCCUGAAAACACGGACUUGGUAUUUGUAAAGUAAAAAAGCAAAAAAACUUCCAUAAGCCGAACUGCUGUCUUGUCGCUCACAAAAUUACAUCCGCAAAAAUCAUGGCAUUGCCACAAUUCUGAAAAUAUACCAACGACUGACGUAAGCUGGAUGAAGCAAUCUAUUUAUUUUUAAAACUGCUGUCAAAAUGGUAAUCUGUGCUAUUAAAUUGUUGGAUUUUUCAAUGCCACCACAAAUAACAUUGUUUUGAGAAGAUAAGUAAAAUGUCAAUAUGUUCUCAAUAAACGCUCAUCUUGCGAAGGCACUGGCCCCUAUGGGCUCUGGGUGUGAGUUUGUUGCGGGUGGAAACCUUACAGACAGAAACCCUCGAACAAUAUCACCACAGCCCAUUCUGUACAAUUUCAAAUCUCAAAACAAUAACUUGUUGAAUAGGUCAGUAGAUAUGUUUGUGUUUUUGCAAUUUUCUAAGACAUACAUUUGCUGAAAAUAAAACAAGGUGCUAACUUUAUUACAUAGUGCUGCAAUUCCAAGAAUUUUCGUAAGGUUAAACAAGAUUGUGUUGUAGAAUUGUGUUCUCCAUCUACACGGUAAUUGUAUACUUUUACGUAGAAUUGGGUGAUAUAAUACCUGUGAGUGGCGUUCAUUGAGUCCAGUUUUGGAAUUCCGUGUAAGUCCAGUAUAUGUUUUCCUGAACACUAAUAAAUUGCAGUUGACAAAAA